AGUCGAGUGAAUGGUCGAUACGACCCAUGGGACAAAAGCGCACCUGUCCAUCGUAGUCGUUCUACUAUUAUUGCGUAUUUUUCGAGAAUUAGUUCGUCAAAAAAUAGACUUGUUGUUAAGUGGGGAAAACACAGGAAAAACGUGGAGGCAAACAACCAUUUCACGUUAUCGGUAUAAAUCUACCAUGACCACAACAAAGCUACGAAUCAACAUCACGAAAACGCUCAGAUUGAAGAUAUUGUGAUUAAUCAACAUGCACAUCACAUCGUCCUACGAUACUGACAGACAAUUCAUAUUGCUAGGCAACAGCCAGAUGCCCUAAUAUGUCCCCAACCUGUCAGUCUGACGAAUGCGUAAAUUGUCAUACAGGUGUUUGCAACAAUAAUAAUUAUCACACGAUGGACUUCAAGGCUUCUAUGGAAACAGAGGAAGCCACUAGACAAUUGGAGGAUCUUAACAAAGAGUUCUUUGUCGAAGACUUUCCGCUUAAACAACCGGAUUUUUUGCCCGAUGUUCAAAGUUGCAUCGAAAUUGAGUCCAGCAACAUGAUUGGCAUCAAAAAUGGCACUUUUAGUAUCGACGCUCAUGAUUUGUCUGAAGAAUUAUGUAUUAGCACCCAAUGUGUAGAACAAAAUCAGGAAGCAUCUUUCAUCGACCUAAACCAAAACCAACCAUACGAAACAAUUCAGUAUCAGAUAUAUGAAGAGAAUAGUUGUCAGCCAAUAUCGACUGAAAAUUUCAUUAUUGAACAAGAAAGCUUUCAAGGUGGUUUGGAAAUUUGCCUCGCCGACCGAAACUCCAGCUUGGACCUGAACUCAAUCAAUCAAUCCACCUCCAACAUCAGUAUUAUUGAUAUAAAGGAUCUCAAAAACAUCUGCUCAGCUGACCCUCUUAACUCUUCACAACUGCAAGGGGCGGAUCUAUUGAAAAACAAUUUCAUUGUGAACGCGGAACCAGACAGCUCAAAUAAUUGCUCAACGUAUGAACCGCUCAUAAAAAGUGAAACGUCUCAACUGUCGGUCAACGAAGAAUUCUCAAAUUCGGUUUCCAGCAAUCGAGAUGUUUCGGAGAACUUUGGUGGCUUUCAAGGAACGAGCACAUUGCUUAGCCCGAAGAGUGAAAGCGAUGUGGAGCAAAAUGAAACCGAUUUAAAGAGCUUAAACUGGCUCCAAAAUUAUACAAACAUCAUGGCAGUUCCCAACUUGCCAACACCACCAGUAUCACCAAAGCCAAGAACUAGCAAAUCUCGAGCAAUCCAAUCCACCGAGGUAGACUCGAAAAACGGCCUUCCGCGUCCUGCCGAUUUAACGAUAGAUAUAACAUUUUACAAGAAAAAUGGAGACAAAAAACCCCCAUUUUCGUACGCCACUUUAAUCUGUAUGGCCAUGGGAAAGAAUGGAAAUAGAAUGACUUUGAGUGCGAUCUACCAUUGGAUCAGGGAGAACUUUUUAUAUUAUCGGAAAGCGCACCCGAGUUGGCAGAAUUCAAUUCGUCACAACCUCUCACUAAAUAAGUGUUUUGUGAAGCAAGCCCGGUCAAAGGACGAGCCUGGUAAAGGUGGUUUUUGGAAACUUGACCUAGAGCGGCUGGAGGAAUCUAGACGAUCGAAACGAAGAUCGUCGCUCACUGUUAGAACUCCGAAAAAUGGCGUACAUGCUUCAACAAAAGCGGCCAAAGUGCACAAGAAAAUUAAAAGGUAUCGACCGAAUGCGGGCCCCAGCGAAAGAAAACACAACAUUCUGUCCAAUAUUUCAAUCUGCGGAGCGACAGAUAUAGAAAAUGUGGAAGAAGCGGCCAGAGCAAGCAUGAAAACUAAAAAACACUCUCAAAAACCUGCCGUUAAAGUGGAAAACGUUGAUGUGAUCCAUAGCACGCUGCUCAUGGAAGUGGACAUGCAGGACGAUAAAGAACAAGCCAAAGGAAAGCGCCAUAAAAAUUUUACAGACCAGACAAAUCGAAGUACACAAAUAACAACACCUCCAUCCAUGCCUCGAGCUCCUCCUAUUUCCGAAACGAUAGCUCCGCCCAUUGUUGGCGAAGAAGAAUUGACCGGAUUGCUGUUGGCGACGAAUGGAUGGGAUGAGUGUCAAUUGGAAAUGUUGGACUUGAUUUUAGAUUCUCUGUAGUAGAGUCAACAAAGCAGGAAUUUUCAGGUCAGCUUAAGAUCAAAAUCUGUUGGAAAUGCCGUAGUAUUUUGAAAGAAUAUUCUGGAUCUUUCAAGUUUUUUUAUAAGCUAACUAGAAACGGUAUCUUUAGUAACAUUCCAAUGCUUCCACAUUCUUAAUUAUUCUAGAAUUAUUCUUACGCGGACGAUUCCUCAAAAUCGAUCGAAAAAAUGUUUUUUUAAUGAAUAAUCUUGGUACCUAAAUUAUUUUUUCGAUAUUAAAAAGUAUGGUGUCUAUUUUGAUGGUAAAUAACAUAAAUAUUUGCCUAACACAAAGGCAAAUCAUGCAGUAAUGAAGUUUCUUUUAUAUGUUCUUAUUUCAAUGCCGUUUCUGUUACACAUAUAUGGUUGCUUUUCUCUGCGGUCAUUUGCAUCCCCAUUUCAGUUUGCAUAUGAUUUUCAUAUAUCUCGUUAAUUGCUGCUUAAUCAAUUAUAAAAAUUUCCAGAACUUUGAUUAUACAUUAAUUCGGUAUUAGAUUAAGUUAAAAUCAAUGAUACAUGAUGUUUCUCGUAGAUUUAUAAAUAUUCUAGUCAUAGUAUUACUUACUACAAUUUUAAAUAACACCGAGUGUUUUUGUGCCUUCGCUCAACACACAGUGUGGCCAUUCUUAAAAUGUGUGGUUUUGUAGAAAAUGGUUUUUGUAUAGUUAACUCAACCUAGAUGUUAGACCUAGAAUUUUAAAGAUCUAUUAUAUUAUUUAGUUUAUAAUCACUUAAAUUUGAUAUCGUGAUAUCGGUAUCAACUGACACACAAGUUGCUCAAUGUCGGCUCAAACUCUUUUAUACACGCUCAAAUAACGAAACUUUUAAAAAAUUUAGAAGAUUUUUGGCAAUAUAUGUUUGCUCAUAAUAAGCGUUGUGCUCAAAAUUUGCCUUUACAAUAAAAGAAAAUUCGCUUUCCUUCAAACUGUUUAGAUUGUUAAAGUGGCUAUGAGCAGUGAACAAAUCAAAAAUAAAAAUCAGUGUCUUAUGAAGUGCACUUUUACAUUGUUUUAAGCGAUUUUAUGGUCUAAACUCUAGACUCCUGUAUAUCAACUUCCGUCCAAAGUAGUAUUAAGUGCAAGCUAUACAGAGUGUCCCACAGAGAAAUUAGAAAUUAAUUAGGAAAAAUUUGAACAGUUGGCGGAAGUCAACCGUUUUUGAUGUAUUUGAAAUUUUGUGUCAAAAAUGACAGUUGCAGCCACUCGAAUAAUUAUUCAUUUUUCUUUUAAUGCAAUAUGUGUUUCUUAAUUUUAGUCGCAUUUCUUGUUGAAAAUGACUUACUUACUUUAAUCGAAAUUCGAUAACUAUUAAUACAAAGUGUUAAAAAAAUAAGUUUCAAAAUGACGUUGAUACAACCGCCCAAAGUGAAUUUUUUCACUUUUUUGAUAAUUUUAUCUUAGUUUUUGUAUAGUUUGCUAUUUCAAAAGUGGUUAGUUUUUGAAAUAUUGUCAAUUCAAUGUCUUCAUAUGGCUAUUUUGUCGCAUCUUAUUUUAAAUACUGUCACUCUUAGUUGCAUGUCGAACGUGGCCACUUUUAAUACAAUCAAAUAUCAAAAUAAUGUUUUCAGCUGUCACUUACCUUUUUAAAACAAUUAGUAAUCAUGCCCAGAGGCUUAAAUUGUACAAACAAAUGUUAUUUAAACUUAUUUAUUAUUUAUGGAGAAUGUGACAAAGUUAUAUCAAGCACCGUUUAUAUAUUAUCAAUUAUUUUUAUAUGAAGAAUAACAACCAGUUUUUUUCAAAUCAUGGGUUCUCUAUUUUUUCUGGUUGCCUUUAUAAACAUUGACUUCGGCACACUCUUCAAUUUUCUCCUAAUAUAGUUUGCUAGAUCUCGAUCGCGGCGGUUCCCAGUGGGACACUCAGUAUAAGGGGGUGUUGUACUAGCAGUUAGUUAUAAAUACAUUACAUACGAUAUAAGUAGAUUAGUAGAUUAGUAGAUAGUGUAGAAGAGAUAUAUUUAUAUGCAAGUUUGAAUUUGACCAUGUAAUAUAUUCAAUAAAUUCUUAGAAGAU